AUGACAGCUCUACCCCGCUACGAUGGAACGUUCAGUUUCACCUCUUCAAGACUAUAUGAAAACAUCAAGCGUGUCUUCCCUACCUACGAUAAUUACGAUCCAAAAACUUGGCCAUAUGUUACUCUAUCAACGAUAGAGAAACAUUGUCCCUACCAGGGUUAUCCAGAUCUGCCGACAGGCGUAGCCUACCAACGAGAGGCGACGAAGCGAUACGAAGACUUGUACUCCCCGGAAGAUCGAACCGUCGCCGCCUCAGUGAAUGGCUCUUUGCAUCAGCGUUUCCCGUUCAACUACGACAAGUUCGACGAGCCGAAAGAGCAAGUCGGGAUGUCUGGAGCGGAGUAUCGGGCAUACAUGGGGACUACUCUGGCUGCGCCGUCUACACCAUGUAUCAUGCGCGAAGGAUGGGAGGAUGAUAUCCCAGACAGCGCAAUAGAUUGUAACACUCUCCUAAAUUAUCGUGAACAACUCGAGAGCGCAUCCCCAACACUAGGCAUCAAAGCUCUGAACCGUGUUUUCUGCGCGAAGAAGAAGUGUGUGGACAUCAAACGAGAGGCUAACCGGCUUCGUGGAGAGCUUUUCGACAAAGAGUCUCAGCUUGUGAGCUCGCAAGCAGAUCUCAAAGAGUACGAAACAACCGAAGGCUUGCGCAGGAGGGCCAUGUACGACGCCCAGUUUGAGUUGGAGAAAGAGAAGCAACGCGCUGAUGAUGCCGAGAAGAGAUGCAUGCUUCGCAUGGAAGAAAAUCUCAGGAUGCUCCGUCGCCUGAAUGACUUGGAAAUGAAGGUGAAGGAAAUGGAGGAGUUGGACGCGUAUUGUGUCCAGUUGGAGACAGAAAUCGAGGCGUUGAAUGGCGAGCGAGCGACUGAAGAGCGAGGCCGUGAGCAGCUUUUGGAACCUCGGAUGGAGGAUGAAAGGUUCAACAUGCUACGUAAGAGGAUGCGAUCGAAAAGUACAAAGUGA